AAACAAUCAAGAUGGCGGAAAACGAGGUUUAGAGCACUUUGGAUUUAUCAAUAGUAAAAAAUAGAAGCCUCAGCCUAGGAAAUUCAAGAAUCACACGGGGAAAGUUCUGCAUCAAAAGAUGGCGUAGCAAUGUCUACAGAGAAAUGCAAAAGUAAAGGUGAAAAGACUUGGAUGAAUUGACAUCACAGAGAAGGAAGAACGGAAGCCAUUUUUAUAUGGUGGUGCAAUGUAUCAGCUGUUCUAUCACGUGAUAGCAGUUAGAUUUAUCAGCAUCACAAGAUAACAGCUAGAUAUACCUGCAUCACAAGGAGAGAAGAAUGGAAAACAUGUGGUGGUUCAUCCUGGACUUCGUUGAGCUUCUGCAUAAUAGAGAGAUGGAAUCUUGAUGUCAAAGUGGCAAUGUUCCUAUUACACCUAGAUAGAGAUUUAUCUUUCGAUUCUUGUCUGUCUGUCUGCAAUUUUAACUUUAGUCUGAUCUUCAGAAUUUUACACGAUAUAGAUUUUAUCCUCGAUAAACUAAAAGGUCAAAGUGAUUCAACUCAUCAAGUCCAAGGUCAUUAUUAAAAAUCGGAGUCAAAUUUGCUAAUAGCAUUUGUGGCAUGUCUUUCUUAAAGCUGUAUGACCCGAUUUUCAUGUAUUAUUUUUGUACAUAAUUACUUUAAAGCAGAUUAAUUACUUUAUAAAGUUAUUAACUUUCCCUUAAUUACAUGCUUGAAAACAUUUGCAUGUAAAAGAAAACAGUGCGAAUAUUAUUUAGAAAGUAAAUAUAGUGGCUACAUAUAUAAAUCACCCCAUAAUAGACGUCUAUAAAUAGACCCACGUGCAUCAGGGGAAUCCCAACAAGAUAUAUUAACUCAUACGCAACUGUCUAGUAAGGUUAAAAGAGCGUAAAACAACGAAUUACUAAGAGGUAUUUGAUAUUUCUAUUUCUAUUAAACUUAUGGUACGGCACUGUUAUAACAAAAUACACAGUUUUACACAGAUAAAACCACCGAUGAUCUGAAAGUUUGAACUGACCACGUGACUGUCAUUUGAAAUGGCAGAGUGACGCAGUUAUUUGUAAACAUCUAUUUAAAAUCAAAUUAUUUGGGUUAAAUCAGGUUAAAUAAUUUAUGAUAUGUCGUACAGUCUCAUAACUACAUACGUGCGAUGAUUUAAUAGCGUUUUUACGACAUGGAAAAAAAUAUUGUAAUUCGGACCAUACAGCUUUAAAUUUAUCUCUUUUCCACAUCUCCUUUUUUGUGACUCCUUGAGAAAAAAAAAAACUGUAUCUAGAUUCAGUGUUUCAGCUCCCUGAAUUGAAAACUGACUAUUUUCUUCACCAAGUGCUCGACAUUUGAAGUAAAAAUCGCAGGUCUUUCGGAAAUGACCCGAAAAAACAGAGGUUCUGUUAUCAUAGUAUACGUUGGUUCUAUAUAUAGAACCAUAAUGACUGUUCUGCCUUUGAGUGUCGUGCAUAGGUCAAAAUUUGUGACACUUCACCUACACCUAAGGCGAAAAUAACGAACAACAUUUCUGCAUUAAAGUUCUAAGGGCUAUUCCAGAAAUAAAUACAUGGGGGGUCGGGAGGCACCUUUUGUAUAUACCAAGCACCCAUAAAAAAAAAAUAAAAAAUUACUCCAUGACCCAUCAAAUUAAUAAACUCAUUUUACAAUGACCCAUCUAAUAAAAAACAAAACUAACCAGACCCACCACAAAAAUAUUUUUAAAAAUGAAAACGGUACAAAUCUCGCGAGGCUUUCGGGACAAACAUUCUAGUCGGUAAUGCCUGUGCGACAUUGUAUCACAGUAGUUCUGAAGAAACGAUGUCACAUCAACAAUCAAAGGCAUCUAUGGCGGGAAUGUUGGAAAGAUUGGGAGUCCAAACGAUGCUAUUAUCAUGAAGUGGGUAUGGAUAUGUUUUUCCACGAAUCGUUCGUCUUCUAAUGGAGCCCGCGCCCGGAGGCCUCUAUCACUAUCACACCGACUGAUAAAUAUAACGCAUCGGUACCCUCGUAUAAAUCAACUAAGGUUUGCCUAUUUUUAUUAGAAAACGGAAUACCUAUUGGUUUCAAAAUAUUCCCAAAAUCGAUGCACUGUAAACCGUAAUAAUCUACAGAAGAGAGUUCGCCGCCAUCACGUCCAAAGGGACCCUACUGAACGCGCCUCUAAUUUGAAGAGUGCCGUAAUGGAAAGUUAUGCGCUGCAAAGAGCGACAACUCGAAUAGUUCUAUGUUAUUUCCGAUUUCGAAAGCACGUUUUCAAUUAUCCCUCCGACGUUUUGUAACCAACACGACAAGAUCGACAAUAAAAAUAUUCUGAAAACUCAACACCCACGUGGCACAAAAUAAAACAAUAGAAACUACCCACUAACCAUAAUAAAUAUUUUUUUAACAGUCCAACCACGGACCAAUUAAAAUGUGAAAAAAUACGACCACCCACACAAAAAAAUAUCGUUUGCCGCCCCCCCAUUUGAUCAUUUCUGGAACAGCCCUAACCAACAAACAAAAACAACCAUCUUUAGACUUGCAGUGUAUGCAGUUGUGCAUGGGUCGUCUUAGUGCAUCUUAUAGACAUCCUCAAGAUCCACUUGGCCAGAAAAGUAGAAAUUUACAUAAAGGCUUUAUGGAAUAAAGCAGAUUUAAUUUUGUUCAAACCAUGGUUCCUGGUGGUAGGGUGGGGCCGCACUAGGUGAUCAAAGUUUUACAUGAAAAUAUAUCGGGGACAUCUUUUUAUAAAUCUCCUUAAAAAGAACACCAUCAUGAUUAGUCAUACUGAUAUGCAAGCAUCCUUAGGCAUGCUAGGUUGUACAGAUUCUAGUACAUAUGUUUAAAUUGUGACCCCUGGGGAUAAGUUAGGGCCAGGCGAGGACAUGAAAGUUUGACAACAGAAAUUAUAGCGAAAAAUCAAAGUUUUUUAUAGGAAGGGAAGACAAACAUAUUUAAAAUUCUUCUUCUCAAUAUAAACUAUUUAGCCAGAAAUAUUAUAAUUCACAAGAAGGCUUCCUGAAGUAAAAUUUGUUCAAAUCAAGACUGUUCAGGGUAGACUUGGGUCACAGCAGACAAUCAAAGUUUUAUAUGGGGAUAUAUAAAGGAUACAUUUUCAAAAAUAUUCUCAAGAACCACUGGGCUAGCCUUGUUUUAAGGGGUAUUGUGGGGCUACUCUGGAUUAGUAAUGUUUUAUGGGGUAUUGUGGGGCUACACUGGAUUAGUCAUGUUUUAAGGGGUAUUGUGGGGCUCCAAUGGCAGUGAUUUUUGAAGGCCCAUUUUGGGUCCGAAUUUCGGCCCUUUUCCCUCCUAAAAAUUGUCAAUUUUUUCCCAAUUUAGCUUGCAUUUUCCCCAAUAAUAGAAUUAUGAAAGGAAAACAUAUUUGAAAAAAAUAAACAUUCGAUGUGAAUUAUAUGUACAUAAGAUAAUGAUGAUUAGGAUAGAAUAGUUUAAAAUUUUAGAAGGUUAAAGAAAAUUAGAUGUGUAAAAUAAAGAUAAUGUAAAUUACAUCGUAUUACAGUAAUGUUUGAUAUGAUUUUAAAACUUAUUUACGAUAAAAUUGAUUUUUCCCAAUUUGACUGAAAUGUCGACAAUUUUUCCGAAUUCGAAAGCCACAGGACCUUUGUAAAAAAAAUGUAGACUGAGACUGGAUUAGUCAUGUUUUAAGAGGUAUUGUGGGGCUACAUUGGGUUAGUCAUGUUUUUAGGGUAUUGUGGGGCUACACUGGAUUAGUCAUGUUUUAAGGGGUAUUGUGGGGCUACACUGGAUUAGUCAUGUUUUAAGGGGUAUUGUGGGAGUACACUGGAUUAGUCAUGUUUUAAGGGGUAUUGUGGGACUACACUGGGUUAGUCAUGUUUUAAGGGUAUCGUGGGGCUACACUGGAUUAGUCAUGUUCUAAGGGGUAUUGUGGGGCUACACUGGAUUAGUCAUGUUUUAAGGGGUAUUGUGGGGCUACAAUUAAAGAUUGAAGUAUUACAUGCGGAUAUAAAGGGAGAAUAUAUAAAAAUGCUAUUCUCCAGAAAAACAGCGCCAUGAUUAGUCAUAUUGAUUUUCAAGCAUCCCAAGGUAGUGAAAAUGCAGGUUGGUUCAAAUCAGCCCCAGCUGCACCCCCCACCCCAACCCCAAAGUAGUGUGGGGCCACAAAAGGGGAUGAAAGUGUGACAUACCCGGUAAGAGUUUAUAGGGAAAUCUCUUUGAGAACAUUUAUCCCAACAACUGAAGGGUAAUGAUUAGUCAUGUUAAUAUGCAAAGAUUUAUACGCAGUUCAAAGUUAAGUUUGUUCAAAUCAGGACCCUUAAUGGUAGGGUGGGACCACGAUAUGAGAUCAACGUUUUAUAUGAGAAUAUGCAGAAACUUAAUUCAAAGAAUUCUUUUUAAGAGUAGCAGGGCCACAUUAAAUCCAUCUAAAUGCUCCCAAGUUCUGUGAAUUCAUUGUUCCCAUUUCGCUGUGUGUUUGGGGGGGGGGACUUUUGAAUAGUGGGUGAUAUGUGCAUAUUCUGUAACAAGACCUUUUGAUGGCAGAGUUUCUGUUUCUUUGUGACCUUGACCUUUGAGAUUAGUCUCCUUUUCAGAAAAGCCAACAUAUUCAACAUUUCCUGACCUUUUAAAGAAAAAAUGUGCAUGUUUUCUAUAUACAUGUAGAUAUCCUUUAGCAAGACCUUAGAGAAAAGCUUACUGUUAAGAAAGCCUCACCUACUCAAUAUUUCCUAUGAUCAGUUAAGAUAGAGCUUUCUUAUUUUCUACAUACUUGUAGACAUCGUAUGGAAAGACGUUUCAUUUCAUAUUAUAUCUGACUUCGUGAUCUUGACUUUCUCCAGAAUAACAAGGUCAUGCUAUUUUUCCAUUGGUACCGAGGCAUCCCCAUGUUUUGUGAUUCCAAGUUUGGUUUUGUCAUGACCCUUUAGGGCUAAGUUUGGGGCGACAAUAUUAUUUUUAAAAAAGCUUAGAAAAAAACCAUAACAACUUAACAACAGCAGGGCCAGGUUGCCUCAGGUGAGCGAUUUGUGUCAUCCUCUUGUUUAUGCAGAAAAUGGGUCGAUUAAAAUUAUUCAGUAAAUUAUGGAAAUCUAUUUAAUUGUAUGAAUUACAUUAUGCGAAAGUUUUUAUCCUAAUUUAUGUAGCUCUUGGAAUAUGGAUUUUGUAAAAAUAAAUGUAAAUUCAAUGAUUGCUACUUUCCAGUUUAUCUAGCUUUAUACUGUUUGUUUGAUUUCAGAUUGUAUUCCUAAAGACCCCGACCCUCCACAUCAUGGACACACUAGGACUCAGCACUCAGCUAAAAGUACGACAAUGUUCUCAAUGUCAGGGGGACACCGAGUUCUACUGUAACACAUGUAAACGUGAUCUGUGUUUACAGUGUAAAGAGAAACAUGUCAUUGAUCUAGAUACCAUAUACCAUGAUGUUGUGAUUUACCGUGAGAAGUUUAACUACAUCCCCAGACAAGAGAUCUGUGUCAGACAUCCAGACAGGUUCUAUGAAAUGUUCUGUCAGUCGUGUGAACUUUCUGUCUGUUUCCGAUGUUUAGAGCACCGAAAACACCAAAUACUGGACAUUAGAACAGCCUAUCAAACAAAGCGACAACAACACCGAGAAAUCAUUGACACCAUCAGAAGUGAGACUCUCUAUAACUGCCGUGUUCUCCUGGCAGGAAUCCAAACUGAUAUCCAAACUUGUCCCCCACAAAUCUGUCACCGUCAAUCACAGAUGUCAACAAAAGCCCAGAGACUGAAGGAUCGGAUUGACACUGUGGUAUGUGAUUUUAAAAUAAGAUACCGAGGUUUAUUGAUUGAUAGAAUACAACAACAGAAGAGAAAAAUGAACAGACAACUUGUUCACCUACAGAACUAUGAAAACAGAUAUGAACAAUCAGCAAACAGAGUGGUACACUUCCUCUUGUUUAUAAAGACCAGUCGUGUCCCCCAGAUAAAGAACAGUCCUAGUCAGUUAUUGAGUGUCAUCACAGAAAUCCAAAUGACAACAGGAAAACGACAAGUAGGAAUAGACGAGUGUUGUAAACGGAUGUCCACACCUGUAUUACACACGUCUGUCUGUGUGACAGGUGUUAAGUAUGUGAGACACAUAUCUCGUGUGAUAUCAGACCGGGUCUGGGUCUCUGGUUAUAACAAUCUCAUCUUGACAGACACAACAGGAGACACUAUACACCGUGUGACUGGUAUAAAAACAUGGUAUGGAGAAGGACUACACACAGUGAAUAGUUCUGGUGAACUGAUUUAUAUAAACAGUGAUGAUAACAUCAACAAACUGUCUACAGACAAUAAAACAGUCACCAGACUGAUACAGAGUACAUCACCAUGGAUACCAGUGUGUGUGUACUGCUCCCCGUCCACUGGAGAUCUGAUGGUCGGGAUGUAUAACUAUAUAGAAGGCAAGGUAACCCGGUACAACAGUAGUGGUCAACACAUCCUGACCAUAGAACACGACAACACAGGUCACACGCUUUAUAGUGAGCCUCAAUAUAUCACAGAGAACAAUAACGGUGAUAUCAUUGUGUCUGACUGGAUUAAAUAUAAGCGUGGUGCUGUUGUGGUGACAGAGCGCGGGGGCAGACAUCGAUUCUCCUACACAGGACCUCCAUCAGGAUUAUCACUAAUACCACGUGGAAUCUGUACAGACGCACUUUCACACAUCCUGGUGUGUGAUUAUAACACCGAAACAGUACAGAUGAUUGACAAGGACGGUCACUUCCUGUCUCUGUUACUGACACGACACGGGAUAAACGAACCAUACAGCCUGAACUAUGAUGAUAAAACUCACCUUCUCUGGGUCGGUUCACACAACACCAAUACAGUGUCUGUAUAUAGAUAUCUACAGAGGAGGUACUUUCUGACUGACUAUCCAGACAGUGUGGAAGAUGACACCAGAGAAGAAACUGAUCCUAAAACAUGUUGCCAACGGUGUAUCUUGGUGUAGACAUGACGUACGAUUACCAUUACCCUUGAUUACCCUCGCUUCAGCAAAUGGUUCUGAUCUAAUUUUCCUAAUUUAGUGAUGAUGGACACUGAUUACAUUUCCUCGUCUAGUGAUGGUGGACAUUGAUUACAUUUCCUCAUCUAAUGAUGGUGGGCACUGAUUACAUUUCCUCAUCUAGUGAUGGUGGACACUGAUUACAUUUCCUCAUCUAAUGAUAGUGGACACUAAUUACAUUUCCUCAUCUAGUGAUGGUGGACACUGAUUACAUUUCCUCAUCUAGUGAUGGUGUACAUUAAUUACAUGUCCUCAUCUAGUGAUGGUAGGCAUUGAUUACAUUUUCUCAUCUAGUGAUGGUGAACAUUGAUUACAUUUCCUCCUCUAGUGAUGGUGGACAUUGAUUACAUUUCCUCAUCUAGUGAUGAUGGAUAUUAAUUACAUUUUCUCAUCUAGUGAUGGUGGACAUUAAUUACAUUUCCUCAUCUAGUGAUGAUGGACAUUGAUUACAAUUCCUCAUCUAGUGAUGGUGGACAUUGGUUACAUUUUCUCAUCUAGUGAUGGUGGACAUUAAUUACAUUUCCUCAUCUAGUGAUGGUGGACACUGAUUACAUUUCCUCGUCUAGUGAUGGUGGACACUGAUUACAUUUUCACAUCUAUUGAUGGUUGACAUUGAUCACAUUUCCUCAUCUAGUGAUAGUGGACACUGAUUACAUUUUCCCAUCUAGCGAUGGUGGACGUUGAUUACAAUUCCUUAUCUAGUGAUGGUGGACACUGAUUACAUUUCCUCAUCUAGUGAUGGUGGACAUUGAUUACAUUUCUUCAUCUAGUGAUGGUAGACAUUGGUUACAUUUCCUCGUCUAGUGAUGGUGGACAGUGAUUACAUUUUCUCAUCUAGUGAUGGUGGACAUUGAUUACAUUUCCUCAUCUAGUGAUGGAGGACAUUGAUUACAUUUCCUCAUCUAGUGAUGGUGGAUAUUAAUUACAUUUCCCCAUCUAGUGAUAGUGGACAUUGAUUACAUUUUCCCAUCUAGUGAUGGUGAACAUUGAUUACAUUUCCUCAUCUAGUGAUGGUGGACAUUGAUUACUUUUCCUCAUAUAGUGAUGGUGGACAUUAGUUACAUUUUCUCAUCUAGUGAUGGUGGACAUUAAUUACAUUUCCUCAUCUAGUGAUGGUGGACACUGAUUACAUUUCCUCGUCUAGUGAUGGUGGACACUGAUUACAUUUUCUCAUCUAGUGAUGGUUGACAUUGAUCACAUUUCCUCAUCUAGUGAUGGUAGAUAUUGGUUACAUUUCCUUGUCUAGUGAUGGUGGACACUGAUUACAUUUCCUCAUCUAGUGAUGGUGGACACUGAUUACAUCUCCUCAUUUAGUGAUGGUGUACAUUGAUAACAUUUCCUAAUCUAGUAAUUGUGGAUAUUGAUUAUAAUGCCUCAUCUAGAGAUGGAGGACAUUGAUUACAUUUCCACUUACAUUGAUUCAUUGACGUUAAACUGUGUGCUUUGUAUGACCAUUUUCGUGAUUUAAAACUAAAAAUAUUAAAUCACGUAUUUCUAUGGAAUUUUUGUGUAAUUUGUAAAUUCCUGGCUAGAGAUUGUAAUUCAUACUGUUGUUUGUCCUCUAAUUCCUCACCUGCAUGGGAAUUUUCUUUUUUUUAGAAACAUUAAAAUUGCGAAAUAACCUCCCUACAUGGUAAACAACUGAACUAUGAAGCAAACGUUUCUUUAAUUUAAAUUACUUUUUGAUAUAUCAUUGAUCACUGUUCGUUAUCUUCACCUUGCAUCAUUCUACAAAAACAAUACAUUUGGCCAAAGAAUAGAGAAAAUAUAUAAAAGAGUUUUCAGGAGAAAACUGUCACAUGAAAAGUAAGUCAAAUGCUAUGUGUUACAUAAUAUCUUGUAGGUGACUAUCAAAGCCAUGAAUAUACCAAGUUUCAUAAAAAUUGAUCUAUUAGUUAUGGCCCCCUUCAAAGAAGAGGGGCAUAUUGGUUUGCACCUGUCGGUCGGUCGGUAGACCACAUGUUGUCCGCUCAAUAUCUUGAGAACUAUUCAUUUGAUGAUAAUGAUAUUUCAUAUGUGUUGGUUAUGAAUAGAAAGGGACCCCUACUGUUUUUUAGGUCCAAGGGUCAAUCUACUCUGGACAUAGGAAUAUAAUGUCCUCUCAAUAUCUUGAGAACCCUUUGCUUUAAAGACAUCAAACUUGGCACACUGGUACAUCCCAAUGAUUAGAGGUCACAUGAUCAAAGGUCAGGGGUCAAACUAGACAUGGGAAUAUAUUGUCUUCUCAAUAUGUUGAGAACCCUUUGCUUGACAGACAUCAAACUUGGUACACUGGUACAUCUUCAGGAAAAGAUGAUCCCUAUUGAUUUUGAUGUCACAUCUUUAAAGGUCAAGGGUCAACCUCGACUUUGGACUAUACUGUCUGCUCAAUAUUUUGAGAACUCGUUGCUUGACAGACAUAAAACUUAAUACACUGGUGUAUAUUUAGGAGAAGAUGACUCAUAUUGAUUUUGAAGUCACAUGGUCAAAGGUCAUGGGUCAAACUGGACAUAGUAAUAUACUGUCCACUCAAUAUCUUGAUAACCCUUUUGCUUGACUGACAUCAAACUUAGUACACUGGUAUAGCUUCAGGAGAAGAUGGCCCACAUUCAUUUUGAGGUCAAAAGUCAAUAGUUGAACUGGACAUAGUAGUAUAUUGUCUCCUAUAUUUUAAGAAUUAUUUGCUUGAUUUACACCAAACUUGGUACACUUAUACAGUAUAAGGAGUAGAUGACCCCUAUUGAUUUUUAUGUCGCAUGGUCAAUUCACUCUUGACAUAGAAAGAUAUUGUCUGCUCAAUAUUUUGAAUUGAUGAUACUACUAUCAAUUAAAUGAUGUGUGUGUA